AUGUUCAACCUCGCGCGCAAUCGGGUAUUGGCUUCGGCCAUCAAGACUUCUCCCAGACUCCCAGGCCUCGCCAGGCCAGCUUUCGCUCAGCAACAAAAGCGAGCAUUGAGCAUCCACGAGUACCUCUCGGCUGAACUCCUCAGCAAAUAUGGCGUUCAAGUUCCCGCUGGUAGGGUCGCCAGGAGCGGCGAGGAGGCCGAGCAGGUCGCAAAGGAGAUUGGCCACGACGACAUGGUCAUCAAGGCGCAGGUUCUCGCCGGUGGCCGUGGAAAGGGUACUUUCGACAACGGCCUCAAGGGAGGUGUCCGCGUUAUCUACUCCCCGACCGAGGCGCGCAUGUUCGCCGAGCAGAUGAUUGGCCACAAGCUUAUCACCAAGCAGACCGGCGCCCAGGGCCGUCCCUGCAACGCCGUCUACAUUUGCGAGCGCAAGUUUGCCCGUCGCGAAUUUUACCUCGCCAUCCUCAUGGACCGUGGCUCGCAGAGCCCUGUCAUCGUUUCCUCGUCGCAAGGUGGUAUGGACAUUGAGGGUGUCGCCAAGGAGAACCCGGACGCCAUCGUCACCACUUACAUCGACAUCAACACCGGAGUCACUGACGAGACGGCACGCGGCAUCGCCCAGAAGCUGGGAUUCAGCGAGCAGUGCAUUGAGGACGCCAAGGACACCAUCCAGAAGCUGUACCAGAUCUUCGUCGAGAAGGACAUGACACAGAUUGAGAUCAACCCUCUGUCCGAGACCUCGGACCACAAGGUCAUGUGCAUGGAUGCCAAGUUCGGCUUCGACGACAACGCCGAGUUCCGUCAGAAGGAGAUCUUCGAGAAGCGUGACACCACCCAGGAGGACGCCGACGAGGUCCGUGCCGCUGAGUCCGGCCUCAACUUCAUCAAGCUGGAUGGCGACAUUGGCUGCUUGGUCAACGGUGCUGGUCUGGCCAUGGCCACCAUGGACAUCAUCAAGCUGAACGGCGGCUCGCCCGCUAACUUCCUCGACGUCGGUGGCGGUGCUACUCCCGCUGCUAUCAAGGAGGCCUUUGAGCUCAUCACGAGCGACCAGAAGGUCUCUGCCGUCUUUGUCAACAUCUUCGGUGGUAUCGUCCGUUGCGACCACAUCGCCAACGGCCUGAUCAACACUGUCAAGACCUUGAACCUCAAGGUUCCCAUCAUCGCCCGUCUUCAGGGCACCAACGUCGAGCAGGCGCACCAGAUCAUCAACGACUCUGGCCUGAAGAUCUUCUCGAUCGACGACCUGCAGAGCGCGGCUGAGAAGGCUGUACAGCUGUCAAAGGUUGUCAAGAUGGCUCGUGACAUCGAUGUCGGUGUUGAGUUCACCCUGGGUAUCUAA